UAGAACUGCUGUCAGGAGAGAAAUGUGCGCCGGACUUGGCUUACCUGUGGAGCUGCGGGAGCCCAGAGCAGCCGCGCCUCCCUGCAGGUUUGCAAUGCAGCCAGCUGGACUGGAGGAGGCCCUCUGGUGCCCGGAUGUCUAUCAAAAUUAGUGUGUGGGACUCAGCUGAGGAAAAGGGAAAGAGUCCCGGCUCGGGGAAGGCAGCCUGCGGGGAGGACGAGCCUGCUGCCCUUUUCCCAAUUACAAGUGAUAUUUCUGUGCAGGCAGGCAGGCAGGCAGAGAAAGAGAGAGAGUGAGUGGCGCGGGGAACCCAGGACGCCCUAAAGCAGAUGGAAAAGAAGUUUUGGGGGGGCAGGAGGUGCGAGGGCGAAGCGUACUGAUGGACAGAAGGCACCUGGCUUGCUAAGCUUCACACUAUGGCUGCCCAGUCAAGCUUGUAUAAUGAAGAAAGAAAUCUUCGCCGCAUCCAAGAAAAAGAGAGGAGGAAUCAAGAAGCUCACCAGGAGAGAGAGCCGUUCCCGGCCAAUGUUCCCCUCUUUGGAGAGCCAUAUAAGAUCAACAAAGCAGAUGAGCUGUCCAGUCGGAUUCAGAACAUGUUGGGCAGUUAUGAACAGAUGAAGGCACUCAUCGCCACCAAGGAGCACCAGAAUCUCAUAGGGAUCCAGCAGAGCAUCCUAUCUCUGAUCCCUCAGCCCAAGCCAGAUCGCCCACUCUUUCCUGAAAAGACCAGCAACAUGUUACCCUCCUCAUUCCAGAACAGCAGCCGUCACCACAAGCCCUUGGGCCCCUUUCCUUCCGGUGCCCCUUCUGCGGGUUGCUCUGCUCACUACCAAAAAGUUCACUCAAGACUAGAACCAGCGUCUGAUUUGCAGACACCAGGCGGUAAGUUGUCCAGCAACCAGAAGCAAGCUCCUAAGCAGAGCUGCAAACCUCAAGAAAUCCAAAGUAGGACAUCAUGCCUGAAGAAAAAUGAAAAAUGCAUCGAAGACGAAAUCGCCAAAGAGCUGCAGGCCUCCUUAUCGGAACUUUCCCCGUUGCUGUCCACGUUGUCUUCCCCCAUAGCCCCUCUGUCUCCUCUACAUUCCAGCCAGCGUGUCAAUUCCAGGUCUCACAGCAGCAGCAACUAUAAAAGCCAUGGGCUGAAGAGCUCCCCUUCUCAGGACCCAGCAGCUGGAACACGUGACAACGAAAGCCAGGACAGCUUGAGCGCUCCAGGAGCAAUCCCUUCCCAUUCUUCCUCCCAAACAUUUCCCUCUUCUUUACCAUCAAAAACAAGUGCAAUACAGCAAAAACCGACUGCUUAUGUUAGACCAAUGGACGGUCAAGAUCAGGCACCGGAUGAGUCACCGGAGCUCAAACUGCUACCUGAGGACUACCAUGAACAAUCGUUCGGGAAAAUAGCAGACAUAAAAGUGAACUCCAAGGCAAAGUUGCCCACGUUGAAAAUACCUACUGAACCAAUUGAGCAGUCCUUCUCCAAUGAAGUCCAUUGCGUUGAAGAAAUUUUAAAGGAAAUGACCCAUUCAUGGCCACCUCCUUUGACAGCUAUCCAUACUCCUAGCACAGCUGAGCCUUCUAAGUUUCCUUUUCCUGCAAAGGAAUCCCAGCAUGCUGGAUCAGUAAUACAGAGCCAGAAGCAGUAUGAUGCACCUUCUAAAACAUUAUCUGUUUCUCAGCAAGGGACAUCAACGUUGCAGGAAGAUCUUCUGCUCAGUGAUAGCGAAGACAGCGAAGAUGACCAAGUCAGUGUUUCUGAUAAGCCAUCUUCCUCAUCCACUCCUCCAAGCGCCCCACAAUCGCAGCCCGAGAGUGUGGCAUUGGCACAUUCCAGCAGCCCAGAGUCUGAGAGCACGAGCGACUCAGACAGUUCCUCAGACUCCGAGAGCAGUUCCAGCGACAGUGAAGCCAAUGAUCCCCCCACAAGAGCCUCCACGCCUGAGCCCAGUCCUCCGACAUCCAGUAGAUGGCAGCUGAACAACUGGAUAAUAAAGGUGCCUCAUCCUUCAUCUCCCACUGAGAAUUUCCUUGAGGAUGACCGCAGUAGGUGCAGUCUCCAGGAGAGUAAAGAGCAAGGCAAGUCAUUCAGCAGCAGCAGCAGCAGUAGCAGCGGCGACAGCAACAAAAGCGAAUGUCCCCAGCCGACGGAGAGUCACUCCAAAGCCUCUGGCAAAACACCCCGAUCUGCCACAGAGGGACAUCUCCCUACCAAGCAGAGCCACCAGAAGUCUCCAGUGCACUCAGGCAGACAGACCGUGGGCAGUAAGCAGCCCAGGAAGUCCAGCAAAGCCUUGGUGCUGGAGGAACAGAAGGGAGGCUUGAAAGUGGAAAGUGAGCCACUUGGUCCGUAUGGGGUUAAAGACCAGUCUUCCAAAGACAAGCCCAAAGUGAAAACGAAAGCAAGGCCCAAGCCCGGCGACAGGAAGGAGCCGAAACCCACAGCACCAGAGCCUUUAGAGAAGAAAAAGCACAAGACCUCCCACCACGCCACUGUUAAAUCAUUUCCGGACCGCGAUGCUGCAAAAGACAGUGUGGUCAGCAGCAGCCUGGAACAGUUGCCCCCCAGUCCUGUAGCUCAAACCCCACGGGUUCCUGCCGUCAGCAGAACCAGUGGCGCAAAGCCGGUCACUGUAGCGAGAGAGGACCUUCAUAGGGACAAAUUUGUCUUGCCAAUCAGGGAUAAGAAGUUGUUGUCUCCCUUAAGGGAUUGCCCAGUACCUCAGGCUCUUGUGGUUAAAAUCGAGCUUGCCCUCCUCUCCCAUAUCCCGCAGCCCGGCCGGAAGGGGAGUUGCCCCAAACAACUCGAGAUCAAAGAGAGCCAUGGUAUGAAGAAGCCGGAGGUGGACAGGAGGAGCGCAGAAAUGCCAAGCAAGUUCCCCAAAAAGAGGAAGCAAGGAGAAGCACCCAGAGAUGAUCAGAAGAAGAUCAAGCUGGAGAAAGAAACCAAAUCCUUGUCAAGCCAUAAAGACUCUAGUAAAAACAAGGCUUCAAAGAUGUCUGUAGAGACAACACAGAGGAAAGAGUUGCCAUUGCCGCCAAGGUCUCCCACGCCACCUGCUGAGAAGCCAGCUAAGACGGCUCAGAAGAGGCCAAAGAGUGAAAGCGGUACCUCCAGCCAGCCUCCCAGACUUGGUAACAGUGCUGCCAAGAGCAAAGAAAGCAGCCACAAGGAUUCGUCAUCCUCCAAGCACAGGAAAAUGGAAGGAAAGCCUUCCGAAACCUCGAAGAGCAGCAAAGGAUCCACAGAGGACGCGUCUAACCUUUUCCCAGUGCCUUCUUUGCCAAACGGUACCUCCAAGCCAACGAAACCUCAAAGCAAGCCGCACAAACAACAUCCAGUGGAAUAUCACUUAAAGGAGGCCAAGAGGCUGAAGCACAAAGCAGAUGCAACGACGGACAAAGUCGGGAAGGCCUUCAAGUACUUGGAUGCUGCCCUGUCAUUCAUCGAGUGUGGCCUUGCAAUGGAAUCGGACACCCUAUCACCAAAGCCAGCAUAUACCAUGUUUGCAGAGACCAUAGACCUCAUCAAAUUCAUAAUGACAUUAAAAUCCUUCAUGGACUCUUCAGCUACUACACAGGAAAAAAUCUUUGCUGUUUUAUGCAUGCGCUGCCAAGCCAUUCUGUACAUGGCAAUGUUUCGCUACAAAAAGGACACUGCAAUAAAGUAUUCCCGGACCCUUAAUGAACACUUCAAGAGUUCCUCCCGAAUCACGCAAGCACCUUCUCCAUGUGUCGCAAGGAGCACAGGAACACCGUCUCCUCUUUCUCCGAUGCCUUCUCCAGCCAGUUCCGUAAGCUCCCAGACGGGCUCCAGCGCCAGCAGCUGCGGCGGCGGCAGCAUGGGCUCUUCCGUCAGCAUUCCUCACCACAUCCCAACCAUCACCUCUUCCUUCGUCAACAUCACUUCCUAUAUUCUCUUCGCCUACGAUCUCUGGGAACAAGCUGACAUUUUGGCCAGGAAGAAUAAGAAGUUUUUUUCUGAGCUCAGUGCCGCCGUGUGCACUCUCUCCUUGAACAGCAGUAUGAUGGAACUGGUACCCUACACUCGUCAGGGUUUACAGUGGCUGAAACUGGAACCAAACACACCGUGACUGGUGCUUCAAGGCGGUGGACCUACCUAGCCUUGGACUCAUUUGCACUUUGGAAACCUCCAAAACGGCCUCGUCGGAUACAGAAUUUUUUUUUAAAACAAAAGCACCUGGAGGGUGGUGCGAAGCACGACGGAAGGGAUCUCAGCAACACUGGAAAACUUUUAAGGACUCUCUGCGAUGCCAAUGGGCCACCUGAAAGAUAGGAAGUGGAGAAGAGGCCUCCAAAGCGGAGGAUGCCCGCCUUGCUUUCUUUCAAAGGACAAAGUGCAAUGCUCUCUUUUUUUUCUCCCCCCCCCUUUUUUGGUUUCUCCCCCCCCUUCAUGGUUCAGCGUGUCAAUGGUCUAUAAACAUUUCUAUGAAUGAAUAACCAGCAGGACAAAACAAAAAACCAAAAAACCCCACCACCCUACA